AAGUUGCGUCUGGUGCCAGAGGAGACAGGAGCUUCUGACUCGCACACAGACAUCUCACACCAGACAAAAUGGUCCAGUGGACGGACUUCGAGCGCGCCACCAUCAAGGCCAUCUUCGCCAAGAUCGACUCUGCAGUCGUCGGUCCUGCGGCUCUUUCCAGGUGUCUGGUCGUUUACCCCUGGACUCAGAGAUACUUCGGGAAGUUUGGAAACCUCUUCAACGCCGACGCAAUUAGAUCGAAUCCCAAUGUGAUCGCCCACGGGAAGGUUGUCCUGGACGGUCUGGCCCGGGCCGUGCAGAACCUGGACGACAUCAAGGCCACGUACGCAGAGCUGAGCGUGCUGCACUCCGAGAAGCUGCAGGUGGACCCAGACAACUUCAAGCUGCUGGCCGACUGUGUUUCCAUUGUGGUUGCUGCUCAGCUGGGUAAAGACUUCACCCCUGAGGUGCAGGCAGCUUUUCAGAAGUUCUUGGCCGUGGCGGUGUCCGCGCUGGGGAAACAGUACUACUAGAGACCUGCAGCAGAAGACGAAACCCUCACACUCUCUGUUCAUAGACGAAAAUGCAAUAAAUAACAUUUAACAACAAAAGUUGUUUUGUGUAAAUAUAUUCAAGCAAUGUACAAAAGGUCUUAAAAAAACAUCAUCUAAUAAAUAUUGGGAACAUCCUAAAUUACUCAUUAAUCAUUCAUUCAUUCAAUUAUUACAAGCAUGCAUAUAUAAAAAAGAAAAACAAAAACAUGGUUAUUAGUGAUAACAACAGUCAUUCGUCUCUAUCAUUCACAUCUUACAUGCUUGAAAGGGA